GUUUAAACCUAAACCUGCAUACUAAAACUUACAUUUACUGAAGUUUGUUUCCUCCUCCUCCUUUCUUUUUCACAUUAAGUUGAUUUGAGCGUUUAUUGCCAGAUGCGAGGACAAUAGCGGCCAGUCGAUGGACUUGACACCUUUGUCAACACCGCCAUUAGUCUCCCUUUACAUUGGCUGAUUGGUGAUUUACAUUUGCGGCCAAAUAGCAUCUUUUUUUUACUACUGUUUACCAUGAGAUUGUGUGAGGAGGAAGAGGAGGGGUGCAGUAUGAAGAUAUAAAUGUGUGAAACCCACGGUAUUCACUAUUCACUUCAUAACUCACUUUUUAGGGCUUGCAAGAUGUUCACGCUUGUACUCCUGGUCGCUUCGACGUGCACUCUAGUCCGGGCGCGGCCGUCGCUCAACUACCUGGAGGAGCCCUACACUAAUGAGUCCGCCCAAUCCGGGCCGGAAGAGGUCCGCUCGGCCGCCAUCAAGAGGCUCCUAGCGGUGUUCGGCAUGGAUGAUCCGCCCGCUGCCGUCGCACACCGACGCAAACAGCCGCCGCAGUAUAUGUUGGACUUGUACAACACCGUGGCCGACGUCGACGGCGUGACCAAGGAUCCCUACCUGCUGGAAGGAAACACCGUGCGCAGCUUCUUUGACAAACUGCACAGUGAGCAGGUGGAGUUUCGGUUCAACCUGUCCACUGUCGCCAGAACGGAGAAGAUCCUCACAGCUGAGCUCCAUCUGUUCAAGCUUCGACCUCAACCCACACUUACGUUCAGUAGGCAUCACUAUUGUCAGGUUAGCGUCUACCAGCUGCUGGAUGCCACCAUAACCAACAGCACACUAGAGAGAAAGCUAUUGUCGUCACGACUCAUCCCGAUCCACUCCAACGGUUGGGAAGUGUUCACCAUCACUCAAGCCGUCCGCUCAUGGACGGUAGAAGAGGGCAGCAACCUGGGGCUCCAAGUGGUGGUGCGGACCCUGGGUGGCAGCCAGAUGGAACUGAAGCUGAUUCGCUUCGCCUCAGGACGCAGCCACCACCAGAGCAAGCAACCAAUGCUGGUGCUGUUCACCGACGAUGGAAGACGGCGGUCCACCACUCUUGAGGGCAUAGAUCCAGACAAUUCCCAGGUUACCUCCAUUUUGCCACAAACCGCCUUGGCCGCCCCUGCUUCAUCCCGCAGCGCCCGCUCCGUGGACCAGGUGACGGAGGAGGAGGGCGCGUUAAAGCCUUGCCAGCGUCUUCCCCUCUACGUGGACUUCGAGGAAAUCGGCUGGUCGGGCUGGAUCGUGUCACCGCGAGGCUACAACGCAUACCACUGCAAAGGCUCGUGCCCCUUCCCGCUGGGCCAGAACAUGAGGCCGACCAACCACGCCACUGUGCAAUCCAUCAUUAACGCCCUGAAGCUGAUCAAGAGCAUUGAGACGCCUUGCUGCGUUCCUGACAAGCUCUACUCCAUCAACCUGCUCUACUUUGAUGAUGAUGAGAACGUGGUGCUCAAGCAGUACAACGACAUGGUGGCAGGAAGCUGCGGCUGCCACUGACACCGCACAACAGUUCAUCCCUGUUUGCCAUUGUACAAUAUGUAAAAAGCUAUAUAUUAUAAUAUAUGACAGUUGUGAUAUCAUGUGAAAGAUGUAAAUGUACAUAUUUUAUGUUUAAUGUUGCGAAUGUUGAUGAAGUUAGAGUAAAUUGUAGAUUUGUAUAAAAAAAACCUUAAUCAUCAUUGUAAUCAUCUAAAUAAUUGUACAGUUAUUUUUUUAAUAUGUUCAAAUAAAAUAUGUACAACGACUCCUACAAAUAUACAAAAUGUCCACAUCAGCUAUCACUGCCAUAGAAAAAUUUCAGCAUAGUCUGUUUUCUGAACCAGCAAGAGCAUAACCAAAACAACAAAU